AACAUUAUUAAUUUUACUCAGCCUUAACAGUUCAGCUUAAAUUAAUAGAUAUCCACAUCUAAUAGUAUGCUACAACAUUUUCAAUUGAGUGUGAUAGCCCAUCACUAUUGGCGGAAGUAACAGCAGUAAUCACGCGGCGAUGCAGUUGCCCGCAGUAACGCAGCAAAACAGCAGUAAUUACCUGAAGGCAAGUUCGAAAAGUAUGGCGGCGCAGUGUUUGACAACCAUAACAGAGCAAUGGAUACGGGAGAAACUACAAUUAAAACAUCCAUUUCUCGGUGAUGUCCGCUCACUGAGCCUCCCGGGAACGCACGAGGAGAAGAUAAGACGUCUGGGAAACUCACUGAAUAACUUUAUCCGACUUAGGUCUCUGGACCUCUCCUGCAAUGCGUUGGUCUCCGUCGAGGGAGUUCAACAUUUGAACGUGCUGGAGAGGCUGAUCCUGUACUAUAACUGCAUACCCUCCCUUGAAGAGGUGAAAGUGCUGUUCGAGCUGUCCGCUUUGAGAGAGCUUGACCUGAGGCUCAACCCUCUGACCAAAAGGUACCCACAGUACCGUCCCUGUCUGCUUCACGCCAUGCCUAACCUACGUAAAAUAGAUGGUUCUUCAGUCAGAGACACUGAGCGCAGAGCUGCCAUACUGCAGUUCUCCUCUGACCAUCCACCUCUGCAGAAAAGCUCGUCUUUGACGCAUGUUGCUGACCAAAGAAGCUGUGGUCAGAGACCGGCCUUAGUUGACCCAUUAACCAAGAGGCUCUCUCUCCUGACUGACACUGAUGAUGUUGUGUUGAAUUUUGUUGCGAUUAAUAAUGGAGACCAAAGUGCAACUCAGGCCCAAUCAGUUCUCAAGGAGGCAAAAGAGGAUAAAUCAAAGGACUUUACAGAACAGAGGAGUUCUACUCCAAAACAGGAAACUGCUAAAUCCAUCCUCCGGUAUCCUAGCACAAAAUAUGAUAUCGCAAUGUCCAAAGUGCCACACGUGAAAGAACCAUCUCAUAAAAGGAGCCCCACCUCGUUAAAAGUCAUUGAAAGACCAAAGGUGUCCUUUGGCCCCUAUGUAGAGAAACGCAGACCCGUGUCUGGGAAACUAAAGUACAAAGAGCUUCCCAAACAAACCCGACAGACAGCCAGGGGGCAUUACACCCCUAAUCCCGAUCAAAGUCAUGGUCAUAGUUCCACAUUAGCUAAUAUCCGGCCUCCUAGUCCGCGUCGUCCUGGUUUGAAUUUGUCUGAUCUCUCAAACCCCAUCUUGCAUCCGCCAAGACUGACCUCCUCCAGCGUAAACAAGACUGAAGGGGGGUCCGGCCAGCAAGGGGAAAAGAAAAAACGGGGUAGUUAUAGGAAACCCCUGGAGAUGCUCCUCAACCUCGUGGACAAACACUGGACCGGAGAGAGGUCAUUGCAUCAUAACAACAACUUCCUGUCUCAGGCUGUUCAGAUCCUCUCUAUGAUGGAAAGUGAUAUUUCCAGUCGGGAGGCUGAGGUCAGGACCUUACGAGGGGAAACGGAUGCCCUGAGCGUUCGGGCGGCGGCACGAGAGGAAGAGCACAAAAGUGAAGUCCGUAGCCUCUCUGGUCAGCUGGAGAAGGCCUGUGGUGGUGUUGUGAGUGGAAUCGGCAGGAGAAAAGAAUGUGGAUCUUCAGAUGGCCUAGGUGUUUUUGGAAGAGCACACUGUAUUUAUUGUAUUUUCUCUUCUCAGGGCAAACUAAACGAGCAGCUGAAGAUUGUCUUGGAGGAAAAUGUCGCUCUACAGAAACAGCUUAUCAAGCUAGAACGACAGUAUCUCAAGUCUAUGAUGAGAAGUUCACCCAUUACUCAGAUAAAAGCGGCUCAAACUGAAGUAGAGGAGCUGAGAAGAGAGAUUGAGGGGUUGAGGGUUAAGGUGCACGAGGCUGAAAAAGUCAAAGAUUUGUCAAAUAUGCUGCAAGAAAGCCACAGGUCGCUGGUAGCUACCAACGAGUGUUUGCUCGCUGAGCUGAAGGGAAGUGGGGAACUUUAAAGAGAAAUUUGAAUGAAAAGAUUCACAAUGAGAUGAAAAUAUCAAAGCAAGACUAUGCUGAACGCCCUCUUUGCACUGCUUUUGCUGCAUGAGCCCCGGCAGCUACAACUGUUUUGAAUCAUGUUUUACUUUAUAUCACUGCAUUCACAUGUGUGAAUGAGUAUUCCUUACUUUUGGAAAAUGUUGCAUUAUAAAAAAUUUUUUAAAAAGGAGACUCCUUUUGGGAUGUUUGUGUGUCACAGCGCUGUUAUGUUAAAUAUAUUCACGGGGGAAGAUGUUAAUGAGAAGGUCAUAAUGUAUUUCUUGAAUCAGUGGCAAGAUUGUAUCUCUCUUAGCUGCUUUCCUGUGGUUUUUUUCCUUUUUCAUUUUAGGUCACUUGUGUUUCCAUCUGCUUUGUAUGCUGCUGUGGAAUGAAUGCAUCUAGAUUCCAGCUGCACUGUGACUUUAUUUAUACCUUUGCCUUCAGGGCUUGAGAGCCACACACACACUUAUGGGCUUCCCUCUCUCCAACACUAAUGCAAGAACUGGCAAAUGUGGAUGUUAUUGCGUGACCUGAGCAAAGCUUUUGUUUUAGUCGUUGCUGCUAAUGAGGAGUUGUGAUGUGUUCUCAAAAA